CGCCCGCUGUGGGCGCACCCAGCCGCUCGCAGCCGGCCCCGCAGGUUCGCACCCCGGGCCCGGGUGCCGUCCCCGCAGGGUGGCGUAGGAGGGCUCGGGAUGCCGCCGUGCUCCGCGGGAGCCCGCACCCCGUGCUGACUCGCCUGGCUGCAGAGGACACGCCGGGAGGUUGAGCGCUCCCCGUCCUGGCUCUGGAUGUGCACCGCGUCAGUUUGGGGGCGAAGGUACGGCUGGAUGACGGCUGAGGAUGUGCUAUGGAGCCGCGAUUCAACUGCUCUGAGCUCUGCGAUGGCAGCUCCAGUUUUGGCAGCCAAGAGCAGCAGCAGCGGGCACUGCAGGAGCUCUGCACCGUCACAGUGACAUCUUCUGACCGCAGUGGGAAGAGCUCCCCAUCCUUCUCUGCUGCUCUUCUGGGAGUUGUGUGGACGUUCCUGACUGGAGGAGUCCUGCUAGCGCUCUUCUUUCUUGUCUUCACAAUUCGCUUCAGGAAGAACAGGAUUGUGAAGAUGUCCAGCCCCAAUCUGAACAUUGUGACCCUGCUGGGCAGUGGCUUGACUUACACUAGUGCUUACCUCUUUGGGAUUCAGGAGCAGAGCCUGCCGUCUGGAGACUCGGUGGAAAAGCUUAUCCAGGUGCGUCUCUGCUUGCUGUGCGUAGGGACAUCCCUGGUGUUUGGCCCCAUCCUGGGGAAGAGCUGGCGGCUCUACAAGGUGUUCACCCAGCGGGUGCCGGACAAGCGGGUGAUUAUCAAAGACCUCCAGUUGCUGGCCAUGGUGGCAGCGUUGGUGCUGGCAGAUGCCAUGUUGCUCUUGACAUGGGUAUUUUCUGAUCCAGUCCAGUGCUUCCGAAGCCUCAGCGUCUCACUGCGGGCGACAGAGAAAGGCAUGACCUGCUCAGUGAGCCGGGUGCAGUCCUGCGCAUCUCUUUAUUCCGAUCUCUGGCUUGUUCUCAUUUUAGGGUUUAAGAGUAUCCUGCUGCUGUACGGGACCUACUUGGCCGGUCUGACCGACAACAUCAGCUCCCCGCCAGUCAACCAGUCCUUGACGCUCAUUGUCGGGGUCAACCUUGUCUUCCUGGCUGCCGGCACUGUCUGCUUAGUUCACCGUUUCUUCCGCACUUGGCACAACUUACUGUUUGGUUUUACCUCUGGAGGCAUCUUUGUGUGUACAACCACGAUCAACUGCUUCAUCUUUGUCCCACAGCUCAAGCAGUGGAAAGCCUUUGAAGAAGAAAGCCAAACCGUGAGCCACAUGGCAAAAUAUUUCACCAGCCCGAACAGGAGCUGCCGCUCGGUGUACAGCGAGGAGCAGCUCUACCAGCUGAUAGGGGAGAAAAACUCCAUGAAGCGGCUGCUCACCGAGAAAAACGCUGUGAUCGAAAGCCUGCAGGAGCAAGUGAGCAGCGCCAAGGAGAAGCUGAUGAGGCUGAUGUCUGCGGAGAGCGGCUGCGACCCCCGUGUGCCGCCAGCAGCUCCCUGCACCCCGAGCUCGGGGCAGUGCGGGGAUGCGCUGGGAGACCGCUGCCCCCCAGAUCCGGAGCAGGAUGGAUGGCAGCCUCCCCGCUUGCUGGGUACACCGCCUCUUUGCAGCGAUGCUCAGGACGUCGGGAAACAUGGGAGCCACGAGCCUGUUUGCUCUCCGGUGCUGCUUUUGGACACAGGGGCUGGCAUCGAACGUGGCCUGAAAGACGUGCGGGAGUGUGGAACGCCUGCGGGGCAGGGGCAGCCUCCGGAGCAGCUGCCGGGCCAGGACAUCUCAGCCGGUGUGGCCUGGGAGUCGUCCCCCAAAGUCAGCUAUGUGAGCAGCGAGAAGCUGCGGGAAAUCUUGCAAGAGCUGAGCUGGGAUGGCAAAACCUACAGCCUGGCUUUAUCUGGGGGACCCCUGCGUGACAGCCAGGGUCCCCCAGGCGAGCAGGGAGGAACGUGGUGGGGCCAGGAGGGCUACCCAGGCAUCCGCAAGCCCCUCAGCCCCUACUCGGCGAGGCGGCGGCGGAGGAUCCCGCUGCCCCCCACCUCCACCCGCUUCCCCGGACACGUGUCCCCUCGUGCCAGCCGCAGGGUGAAGGAGGCCGGCGGCUGGGGCCGUGGGGAGUCAGCACAUAUCUCCCUGGGGAGGGAAGGGGAGAUGGCUGGUGGAGGAGUCAUUCACCCACCAGCACCAUCCCCUCCGGCCAUCCCCGGCGAGGUCUGCCUCCAGCCAGAGGGAUGGCCAGGGUCCCAGGGCGCCUCGCCGUGCAUCCCACGGGAGCAGCGCCAGCGGCGGGCAGGUGCCCCGAGGGGGCCCGCCGAGCCCUCCCUGCGCUCACUCUACUAUUACCCGGACUCUGACUCCAGCAGCAGCAGCAGCUCUGAGGAGAUGUUUCACGGCUGCCACCGGCCCUGCUGUGAGGUCUGCUUCCAGAGCCCGCACGGCUCCCUGGGCAGCAGCAGCACAGACACGGACACAGAGCCCAGCGGCUGCACGGGUCACCGGACAGAGCACCACGGCGGGCCCCAGCCCGUGGUGAAUUUCAAAGACGACCUGAAACCCACCUUCGUGUGACUGAGGGCACCCCUGCUCCAAAGGCACAGUGCCCUACCGUCCCCAAAACACCGCGUGCUUUCAGUGAUGCUAAAGCCACGCGUCCCUCCGAGGGAUGCAUCUCUCUCUGGCAUCUGGGGGUCGGCAAUAAACCUUGCCCUGCUUUGGGUUGCUGUUUCAGCCCCAGCCUGGCCAGCAGUGACUGUGUUUGGCUGAGAGGCGGUUGGGAGCACUCGGGGAGGGUGGCAGUGGUUUUCUCUCGGCGGCUCCAGGCAGCUGCCUGCACCCUGCGGGUACCACAUCUUGUCUGUCCCGGUGUCAGCAGCGGAAAGACUGGGGCUGAGUGGCCCGUGAGAGCCCAAACAUCAUCAUCUCAGGGAGGUCCCCCUGCAAGUGCUGGGUCAUUGACACCAGCGAGCAGCACAGCAUCUCGGAAACAAGCAUGGCUUCUUGCACGCAGCAGACAGACAGACAGCCAGACAGCCUUCCCCCGAGGCUGCUGAUGCCGAGCCUCCCACCAGCAGCCCACCCAGCUGGAGACUGGAGACAGCCGGACGCUGUGAGCAGUUGCAGGUUCCUGCUCGCCUGGGAUGCUGCU